GUUUUGACUAUGAACCUUCCUUCUGAUGUAACUUUAUAUGCUUUUGAUGUUCUUAAGGACUUUGUUGGAUUGUAUGAAUAUGUCCAACGAGAUAGCAAGAAUUGUGCUCGAGAAUUGGUUUUGGAAUUUUGCCGUUAUAUUGAUACGAUGCUUUCAGGUGCAUAUGGUGGAUUGUCGAUAACAUUUAAUUUAGUCGAAAAAGCUUAUGAUUGUAUGAUGCGUUGGAUACUAAUUGGUCAAUGGAUAGUUGGUGAUCGUGAUUGUCAUGAAGCUGUGAUAUCAACAAUUAGUAAAGGCAUUUCAAUAAUUCCAAAUCAUGAUGAUGAAAAUGCGCAACAAAGCUCUCCUUCUGAUAAGAAAAAGAAUCGCAAAGAUCCAAUUCCUAAUAAGCUUUUUGCUACACGAGGUAAUAAAAUGUCUACAGCUAGUAGCGAAAACGCAUUGCAUGCUGGUGGUCAAAAUCGAUAUGGAAAAAAGGGAGAAAUGGCC